CCAUGAAGAGUUGGAUAGGCUAGACAAACUUUUGCUGACUCUAGUUCGACAAGAUACAUAGUUUCACAGUUCCACAGUUCAAGUAGUUUGCUAGAUGGGGGAAAAGUAGUCCUAGUUUCUGUGGCAUCCGGGGUUUCAUAGGCGGGGCAGCUCAGUCAUUUGAAUAGCCGGCUAACGGAUACAUGUUUUCUUUGUUGUGUCUCUUGUGUUCAAUUAAAUUUAUUCUUACCAAUCUUUGAGUCCUAUGCUACAAUUGGCGCUGCGAACAGAUGGCUUCAAAACCGGUUCUUGGAUUCAAGGAUUUUGAAAGACUUGCCAGGUCAAUUGGUACGUUCAAGGAAGACGCGAGUCAGGAUUCGUGUCGGCGUUUCAAGAGUUGGAAUACCAAUUCAUUCAAGUUCUACCUGGACUUAGCUGUUACAGAUUACAAUAUCACGGAAGACACUCACAGAAGUUUAUUUCUGAAAUGUCUAGAUGAAGGUAUACGUAUGUGUCUGGAGAACGCGGUACUACCAAGGGAAAUCACAGACUUCAACGUCGAACAACUUAUUGAGAAGACUCAGAUGUUCUUCCAGCGUAAGUACAAUGCAAUUGUAGAACGAGUGAAAUUACAUCGGCGAAUUCAACGGGAAGAAGAGGCUGUACAGGAGUACGCCAAAGGAUUGAAACGAAUCGCAACGAAUUGUUCAUUCAAGGCAGGAGAAUACGAAGACAGAUUGAGAGACAUUUUUGUGGCAGGGCUUAGAGAUGACUCUAUUCUACAAAAGUUGUAUGAGAAAUAAGAUUUACUGACGCAAC